UUGUUUCUUGUUUUGUCAUUUGUUGUUGUUCCUGCACACACGUUCAGACUCCGCAGCGUUUUCGGGCCGAUAAGAGUGAUCUCGGGAAAGUCGACGAAUUUUCUCUCUCCGUACCGUGGUGCUUCUGGAGGGAAAUCGAAACAGAAGCAACACAGAAAUCGGUUGUGCCAUUUUCCGAGUGAGACGCCAAAGUGAGCCGAUUUUUUCCCCCAAAAUCCGUCAUCUCUUCGCGCGGAGGUGUAUCUUGCAGGCAGCAGAGCAUAAUUCGUGUGUGCUGAUAAGAGCGUGUUUGCGGCGAACAGUGAACCAAAUUUCCUUCCCGUCGUCGUGCACCGUGUGCUUCCGGACAAGUCCGUUCCAAACAGCGAAAAGCGCAAAGAAAAGCGUUACAACGGUACCGAUGUGUGCGAACGUGUCGUGUUUGGUGCGCGUAGCCAGUAUGAUGUCACAGUGUGCGAAAUGUGCUACACCUCGGAUGCCACGGAUUAGUCACCGGAUAGGUGGGGGGUGGGAGGCGUGCACUUCGCCCUACAGCACGGUCGCCCAACACCGUCCGCAGCUAGCGCGAUCCGGUGGCAGAAAUGGAUACAACCGUGCGACGGCCACGGUCAGCUUCUUCGCGGAACGGGACGGUUGCUCGGUGCGGUCCUACACGCAGGCAGCCUCAACCCUUACCCGGGAACAGCUGCACGAUCUGGUGUACAGGUUAAACGAAGAUGAAAGAGAAUUGCUUAUGAACACGCUGAAGCAAUUCGAGUCCAACAAAGUGAAGGCAAAGUUUGAAGGGCAGUUGGCAGCAACCGUUUGGCGAAGUAGAUUCGGUCGUCCAGCAAAACUAAAGCCUGCCCUGGGAGAUGUAGAUCCUACCGGUUCCUACUGCGCGGUGCCGGAAGAUUGGCUGCAAAAAAAGUUCGCCGAAACAGUACCAGUACCAGCCACAUCGGACCUCAUGAAACUCGGAUUGGUGAAUGCCCUUCCUUUCAUUGGAUUUGGUUUCCUCGACAACUUCACUAUGAUUAUUGCGGGUGACUACAUUGAGCAUACCCUCGGAUUAUUUAUGUGCAUAUCGACGAUGGCGGCGGCAGCGCUAGGGAAUACUAUCAGCGACGUAAUAGGCAUCGGGUCUGCCUUUUACGUGGAGAAGCUUGCCGAAAUGAGCGGCGUUAAGCCUCCGAAGCUGUCACCGAUUCAGCUGGAGAUGAAAACCAGCAGAAGAGCGGCCAAUUUGGGACGAGUGCUGGGUAUUACGAUCGGUUGCCUGCUGGGAAUGUGCCCUCUAUUAUUCAUGAAAGAGGAUAAGGAUAAGGAAAAGGAAAAGGGCAAAGACAAAGAUAAGGAAGCAGCGGCGAGCACGGUGGUAGAUACUGUUGCCGUGGAGUAGGCCUCCACUUGAUUGUAAAAGCCGGCGUGCACACACACACACACACACCAGGCUGUUGCCGCUGUAUACUGUUCUUCCAGCAUAACGCGCGGCUAUGAUGUGGUUUAGGUCAAUUUACAGAUGAAGUCCCCCACAUGGAGCGAAACACCUAUCAUCUGCCGACAGAGUAACGAAAUCCGAAAUUUAAAUUAGACAGAUCCCACUUCGACGCGGUUAAUAUUUUACGUUGAUUGAUCGAAAACGACUGUAGCAAAUUCGAAUUACUGCUGCGUACACUGGCAAACAAUGCGAAAGCACGAUACAGAUGCAGGCGUCCCAGCGAAGCACAUCGACUAAACGCACGUGCACGAGUUCACGACAAGCAGCUAGGAGCUGGAUACGACUAUGUAAAUAUGUAUUAUCGUCGAUCAUCGCUUUUCGAUUCACGGCCCAACCCAUCGUGCUAACAGCGUAUUCGGCGGUGGAUAUGCCUAUGUAUGAGCUGUGUUGUUUCAUUUCCUCGUGAUGAGUUGACCGGCCGUUGUCGAAUUCGUACUGCUAGUUAUUGAUUCACCGCUAUUGGUGCUACUGUUACUGCUACUAUUUAUUAACAAUCCUCAAUACGCAACGCUAUCGUGGUAGGAAUGUAUGCUAACGGAUGCAAAGCUAGCUGCGUUACGGUGCAGAACACAAAACAUAGAUCAGGAGCGUUUGCUUGUUGCGUAUGUUUCAAACUAUCUCUAGUGCACAAAAUAUGUUAAUAAUUACGUUUGCUUUAAUUGUUACCUUCUAGAACGAAACGUGACUAGUAAAACUAGUCCACCUAUUAAUGUGUUAUCGCUUCGGGAGGGAAAACACACCAGAGAGAGAGAUAGAGAGUAUGCUAGCACAACGGGCUGCCAUGAGUUUCACUGCUUUGGUUAAACUUAAAAGGCAAGUUAAACUUACACGAAUUAAGAAUUCGACGACACGACACCAACUACUUUUACGAUAGCAUCAUCUUGAAAAUCAGCUACUAAAAUAUGCUAGACAAAUGUUGUGUUUUUGUGCCGUAAGAUAAUGCUACUCCCCGUCCUGGACGACAUCCCCCAUAGAAUCGACAAAUUUGACGAACCUUUGAAUAUGGAAUCGAAACAAAAAAUGGUGCAAAUACCUAAAAAAAAUUAUGAAUGUCACUAGAGUAGCAUGUUGUAGUAAUUGGGUCCAUUGAGAAACAAAAUAUGCAGGAACAUUUGAUUAGAUUAGGGUUAAAUAACAAUACAUUGGCAACAGCUUUUCUGCAAAUCAGAGACCAAUUUCUCGAACGUGUAAAAGUAGUCAAACAGAUGUAAUCGUGUACGGUGGCAUAAGCGAACGGCUUUACCCCUUCUUCCUUCUAGUUGUUUUUGGCCGGGUAAGCCGCGGGUCGCAGGCGUUAUGAUAUUACGGAAGAGAUACCUCAUUACUUUGGAGCUAAGUAUGUUCUUACCCGUUUGUGUGCGCUGAUAGCGAGCGAAAACUGCUGAUGUUUCUGAGCGAAUGAGUUGCAGGUAUGAAUGUUUCUCUUUCGAGUUUUAUUAUUGGGUGGUAGUAGUGCCGUUGAAUUGGCUAAACCUUUUAUGUGGGGUGUGACAACAUCGGGAGUCGUUCAUAGUUUUAGCCCCCCGUCACUAAUGACGAUGCACUUUACGAACAUCCCCCAUCCUGAACCAAGUUCUUCCACAUUCCCACAUUGAGCGCGGACAAAUUGGUAAAAAAGGUAGCCGUGCGCGUAGCAUAAAUCCCUCCAUGAUAAAGCACAAUAAUAUUCUAAACUGACUCUAUUACUCUAUUACUCGAAACCUACCCUGGCCUUACACAUUUACCGUACAAUUUAAAACUCGAAAUCAGCAGAGCGUGGAAUUGAAACAAUCGCCCGGAUUGGUUGCAAAACGAUAUUGAACUAUUUUGUCUAAAGCUCUUCCAUCUGGCUUCCGACGGUGUCAGAAAAAAACGAACGUUUAAGCCGCGCGGGAGAAAAACCAUUUUCACAUUCACAUUAAAAAGGGUCAAUUUUCUAGCAAUCAAACACCUGGAUAGCACUGUCCUACGUCGUCUUUCAACUUAACUCAAUACGGUCGAUUAAGUAUAUAGGUACGCGACCGCGUACGGUUAAUAAGCAACUAUAGCAAAAGCAAAACUAGCACAAUGCGCAUUUCAGUAGUAACAGUAUAUUAAAGAAAAAAAAAACACAUUAUGUAGCUAUUAGCGGGAAAACAAUUGACAUGUUGUUUGUCCCCGGCAAACGUUUGCCAUGGAUCACGGGAGAUUAGGAAACGGUAUGUUCUCUAAAUACGAUGCCAGAUUCAAAUCCCGACCGGUGGGAUGAUGCUUGUGAAAUGCUUUGUAGUUCUUCCAGUUAGCAAAAUCACGGACAGCGCAUUUUGACACACUCAAAUGAGGAAAUAAUGAUGCUCAAAUUAAAAAAAAGAAGAUAAACAGUUCCGCGUACGGUAGUAGUUAGUAUUCAUGGUAAGGGGCUCGUGUACCAUCACUUGACCCCGCACAUACAAACAAACUCACAAUACAAAUCGAUAAACGAUGCAAUGACGAACAGCAAUAGAAAUAGCAAAUAUUGAAACAAAUGUGUACCAAAUAAACAUUAAUUCUCUAUCUCAUCUUA